GAUGAAGCCCGCCAGCCUGCAGAGCAGCACCUGAGUAGCACAAUUGCGUCUAGCAGUACGCCCGAAACCGGAACCGGCUGGUUUACGCAGAAUUUACAUAGGAUCAACCUACAAUUAUAAACUUGAUCCCGAAACGAUUGGGAAGCUACCCUUUCUAUCAACGAGGUAAGAGGAUUGUUCACUUAGAGGUUCUUGUUGAAAAUAUAGGAUUUGUUAUAAGAGCACUUAGACAUCAUCGUAAGAAGUUCUCAACACCCAUAGCUCAGGGCAUCAGAGCCAUGUCAUCGGGUGCAGGUUCUAGUGGAACUAGCAGAGGGCGUGGUUCAUCGCUAGCAGACAAUAAACCAGAGAACAAAGAAGCAAAGCCAAAUCCAAAGAUGUCGAAAGCUUUAGGAACGUCUGCCAAAAGGAUACAAAAAGAGUUGGCAGAAAUCACAUUAGACCCUCCUCCAAAUUGCAGUGCAGGACCUAAAGGGGAUAAUUUAUAUGAAUGGGUAUCAACUAUACUUGGACCACCAGGUUCAGUUUAUGAAGGAGGAGUGUUCUUCCUAGACAUACAUUUUUCCCCGGAAUACCCUUUCAAACCACCAAAGGUCACAUUCCGAACACGUAUCUAUCAUUGUAAUAUAAACAGUCAAGGCGUCAUUUGUUUGGACAUAUUAAAAGACAAUUGGUCGCCUGCACUUACUAUUUCUAAAGUCUUAUUGUCUAUUUGUUCACUUCUGACGGACUGCAAUCCAGCGGAUCCUCUAGUAGGAAGUAUAGCAACACAGUAUCUUCAGAAUAGAGAAGAGCACGAUCGUAUAGCACGACUUUGGACUAAACGUUAUGCAACAUGAACGAUUUUUUCAAAAGCGCUGCCCUUUUCAUUCCUUCAAAACAAAGAACGGCCACUUAAGGGAGCCAACCUAAUUAUAUUCAGAUUUUGAAUAUUCGAAUUGAUCAAUUGUUUUUAAUAAAUUAAAAGGAGUUUUCUUCGAUUAGUUGGAUAUAUAUUUCACUUACUAUUUCUGAGACAUUUUCUUCACUUCAAUUUUAAAAUUAUAUCUUGGUCCAAAUAUUAUAUUAUUAUUUUUGUUCGUUCACAUACAAAUAAAAACAUUUAAAAUUGUUUAAAAUAUAUUCAUAAUUUACCAACAUAAGACUGAGUCUCUCGAAAAGGUUUUAUUUACUCGAUCUCGAUGUAAGGUCAAUAAUAUUUAUUUUAUUAAUGAACACUUGCAAAUAUGACAUUAGUACAGAUGUCGAAAAAUAUGUUUAAUCUAAUUAAUUUGUUUCUUAUAUUAAACUAUGUUUUACGAAGCGAUCAGAAGUAAUAAAUCAUUAAUAUUGAUCGUUCGAAUAGUCAAUUUUGGCUCUCCGCACCUUCGAGAAACUUAUUGUAUGUAUAUGUAUAUCGACCGAAGGAUCGCUUUAAACGAAAGACUCUUCAAGAUCGUCGAUUCGAUCAUUGUGAUGUGCUUUUAUAUCGAGUAUGUAAAUGUGCCUAAGAUGAAUGAAUGUGCGUGUAUGUGUAACCUAUACUCUCUUUUUCACUCUGUAACUCUUGAGAAAAGCAGUACAUCUUCCACAAUUUAUGUUUAUAUCUAUGAUAUUGGCUCACUUUUUUCAUUUAUUUUAUCAUACAUUUGAUAAGACAUUUAUUUGUGUUUUCAUUGUUACAUUCUCUUCUUUAAUCCUUUUGAUAAUGAAUCAAAAUUUAUAUGCAGUCAAUUCGAAGUGUUGCAAGGACCCUAGAAACUUUUGUAAACAGUGCUUUCUAAUAGAAUUAUACAUUUUUACUAAAUACAUUAAUUUACAUUUCUAAUAUACCCAUUUAAAAAGAAAGUAAUAUUUUUUACAUCAGAUAUAACAAGAAGUGUAACGUUUAAAAGUAUUUCGAUAAAAAUAAUUGCAGAAUGUCUUCCAAAAAUAGAAGUAGUUUGUUUCUUCAGAUUUUUUAAAAUAAUAAAAAUUCUGAGUUUUAGUACAAUCAAUUGUUUUACUAAUUGUGAGAAACUCUGAAUUCUUACUAGUUUGUGAAAAAUGUGACUCGAGAGUGAAAAGGGUGAAAAGUGAGGGCCCUUAGUUAUUUUUCUUUUGCCUUUUGUUUGUUCUGUUCAUCUGAUCGUUUUAAGAACUCGUGAUGAAAUAGUAUUUAAAAGGGUACAUCCAAUGACAGUACCAGAUAAUAUUGAUAGUUUAGGCAAUAUUAUGAACAAUAUGAAUAAUCCGAAUGUAAGUAAGUAAUUAGGCUACUAGUUAAGGGGCCCUAUUCAUUUUUUUUACUAACUUACCUUUGCAUUAAGCGAAUGAAAAUUUUGUUGUACAAAAUAAUAUUUAUUCCUUAUAGACAGGUACCGAAAGGAAAAAGAAAUCUGACUUUUUGGCAGAAAUUGUCUAUAAUUUAAGUUCAUUUGACAAAAAUGUAACUGCAGUUACGUUUAUUAAACAAUAAUGUUAAUCAUAAUAAAUUACUUUUUACUGAUUUAUUACAAAUUUAGUGAUAAAUCAUACACGAGUGAUCAUUGUAAUUAAAUAGGCGUAGCACUUGAGUAAUUAAACAAAAAUAGAAUUUCGCUCACUUGGGUUCCUCUUCAAAUUUAUGUGUUAAUCGGGCCCGUAAUAUUUAAAUUGCUGCGAUUGUAAAUAAACAUAAUUUUCUGUAUAUUAGUGACAAAUCAUAACCAUAAUUCUCAUCAAAUUUGUAUUGAUUAUUAUAUUAACAAACUGAAUACAGAUGUGAUGUCUUCUAAAAGGUCUUCUCAUAGAAUUUUUCUUUUUGUUAAAACUGCAUUAAAUGAACAAAGAAAUUAACUAUUUGAAUUAUGAAAGUAAUGAAGUUUUAUAUUAAUUCAUCAUUCAAAUAUUUUUAACAGAUUAUGAAACGUUAUUAAUGGUUCCUUCUGGUGAAAAAUCGAUCUCCAGAAAAAAAUAUACGUUGAUUAAUACGACUAUAUCACAAGCAGAAUUAAUGAUAACAGAAAGGAUGUAUUUACUAUUUUAAUUCAUGAUUUAAUUGUACAGUUCAUAUCGCGCAAACAACUUUAAUUUUUUAUUUGAUUUCAGUUACUAUCGUUAAGGUUCUUGUAAAUAUAUUCUGUGAAGUUCUUGAAGAAAUGAUCUAUAUAUAUAGAUCUUUUAGACCUCUGAAACUGUAUAUAAAUUGCACGUAGAAUCUGCUCUUUUGUAAUUAAAAGUAUACAACAAAAAAGGAA